AUGAUGAGCAAAUCGCUCACAUCGUUGAAGGGAGUCAGCAGGACUGCCACCCCUUCGCCCGAUGGUAAACUCAGUGGUAAACCAGGACUUCCAUCGAUUGUGGAGGACGAGCUAUGCAAAUAUUGGUACAGUAAAAAUAAAAAGCCUGGAAGGAUGAAAUCGAACGUGAUUAUUCCGAUCAAACGCUUUAUCUGCCCAACAAAGAAAGUCCUACGUUUCCUGUUGGGUCUCAUAGCUACCAGUAGAAGAGAACAUCGUACCUUAGGAUCAGCUGACUAUCCUGACGGUGCUAGAUACCAGUUAAGACGCCCGGAUGAUAUGGAUCCUGCACAGAAACGUAAAAAAGCAGUGAAUUGGUGCUCACAAGAGAAUAUUCUCGUCAUUAGUUUGUUUCUGGAACACUACGACACUUACUACUUCAAGUUUUCGGAUGGGUCGAAGAAAGGUGUGAAAGCCGUUCGCGAUGCGUUGCACGAACGAUGGGCAGGACAGUUAACUCAGCUUGGGUUUGCUGAGCGCUCACCAGCACAGGUCGCCGAAAAGAUCAAAAAAAGCAUAAUUAUCACCAGGAAAUUUAUCAAUAGCAGUGGAGAUAAUGCCCAGAAUGGACGUAGGGAUGAAUUACCGUGUCAUCUUAAACCACUUGAAAAGAAACUACGUGAAGAGUACAACAAAAUUCAAAGUGACUAUGGAUUUGAUUUCGGUGCAGGCGAAGGUACUAUGCGCUUCUACGAUCUUUUGAGGGAUAUCAAAGACGAAUCUUUGAGUUCCUUUGGGGGAAAUCUGGAGGGAGAUGAAAUUGAAUGUUUAGAGGGUGAUCUUGAGAUCGAGCCCAGUCCUACCGAUGGUACAGAGAACACAUCAAGGCGAGGAAUAACCGUUACCUCCACUGCAUCACACAUUCUUGACUCACCCCUCGUGGUGCCAGUGAUGCCGUUCAAGAACCAGAUCCCUGCUCCAUCUGCUAUGAGUAGAUGCAAGAAACGAGCCGCAGAAGAAGACCCAGACGAAAUAAUCGAGAAGAGACAUCGCUUGUUAGACGCUGAAUUGGAACUCGUUGAAAGGAAGCGCUAUCUAACAGAGAUGAAAAUCAAAUACUGGGAGGAUAAGAUGAAACAGUUGGAACCCUCUACCUGA